UGGAGGACUUUGAAAAACUGCCUUAUUAAAGUGGAAAAGGAUUAUUCUGAAAAACAUACACCUGGAGCUGGAACUGGAACUGUGGGCCUUCCGACUUCAGAAGAAGCUUAUUGCCUUGGAAUGUAUAUCGACAGUCGUCUCUAAGGAUUAAAGAGAGAGACUUACUUGAUAAAGAGCUGGGCAACAAAAUUCUACCAAAGUAACAUAGAGACUGAAUGCCUGUGGCCUGUCAGUCUGAGCAGAGGUUGGCAAGGGAGCAGGGAUGGAUGUGUUUGGUGGAGCACCACGGUUUCUGGCCUACCCUCGUCCUGUGGUUGUACAGAGUGGCACAGACGCAGUUCUGAAAUGCCAAAUCGGUGGGGAUCCCAGACCAGCAGUUAUAUGGGAAAGAAACAAUGAGAAGAUCCAUCCAGAGGGCAGGUACCGGGUGUUUGAAGAUGGCAAUGUCUACAACCUUAUCAUAACUACAGUGGCAAUGGAAGACAGUGGGCAAUACAUCUGCAAGGCCAAGAACUGCAUUGGAGAGACUUAUGCAGCAGCAACUUUGAAAGUAGAAGGCGAAGCACAAGAGAUGGAAUUGCGAGAGGAAAACAGGCCACGCUUCCUUAUCAAACCCCUCUCAACCAGGGUUGGACGAGGAGAGGAUGCCAUGUUCUCCUGUAAGCUUUGGGGAAACCCUCGACCAGAGGUGAUGUGGGAGAAGGAUGGGAAGAAGUUGAGCGAGAUCUUUGAGAGCACACAUUUCAGUGUUAGCUAUCAGGAUGGAGGAUGGUUCCAGCUAAAGAUUUUCAAGACACGAGCACCAGAUGGAGGGGUCUACACGUGCAAGGCCCGGAACAAAUUUGGAGAGAGUCUGGCUGGGGCUGUGCUGUUGGUGGAUGCUGGACCAGGACACGAAGAUGAAGGGAAUCGUAAUGGUUACACUAAUGGUCACUGGAAAGCUCAUCAAGGAAAACAGAGAAGUGGUAGGCAAGUUGCAACAAGGCUGAAAGAUGACCCACUGCCGAACUCAGCCAAAGUGAAAAUGUUUGCAGUGACAGAGGGGAAACAUGCAAAGUUUCGUUGCUACGUAACAGGGAAACCCAAACCAGAAAUAUUAUGGCGGAAAGAUGGGAGGCUAAUCUUGUCUGGAAGACGGUAUCUGCUGUAUGAGGACAGAGAGGGAUACUUCACACUAAAAGUUCUCUACUGCAAACAACAGGACAAUGGAGUUUAUGUCUGUUCUGCUUCCAACAGUGCAGGGAAAACCCUGAGUGCUGUACACCUUAUCGUCAAAGAACCACCAGUGCGAUUUAAGCAACCACUGUAUGACCUGCAAGUCUGGGAGAGGGACUUGGCUAUUCUUGAGUGUGAAGUUCCUGAAGACUCUGUUCCAAUCACAUGGUACUUAGAAGACAGGCGGCUACAGCCAGGAGCCAAAUACGGGAUGGAGGAGUGGGGGACAAAGCGUCGACUCACAAUUCGUGAUAUUGGAGUUGAUGACGAUGGGAUAUAUCUCUGUGAGAUGGCUGAUGGAGGCAGAAGCAUUGCUGAGGUAGCAGUCAAAGGCACCAUUGUAAGAAAGCUGCCACGAAAAGUUGAUGUCCUGGAGGGAGAAAAUGCAGCAUUCUGUGUGGAAGUGGAGGAAGAGGAAAUGGAUAUUCAUUGGUACAAAGAUGGAACAGAGCUAAGGGAGACCCAUCAGACCAUUCUUAAAUCUUUUGGAAGGACACACAUUUUGGUAUUUGUCAACACUACACCAAAAGACUCUGGACUGGUCACUUUCUACGUGGGUAGAUCAAAGACAUCAUCUCAGCUACGAGUAAAAGCGGCAAAGCACUGUCCACCGAGCUGCCCUAUUGGGGUACAGAUAAACACAGAACGAGCAAAUGCAGCUCUCCUUUCCUGGUUUCCUUCACAAGAUUCUCGAAAGAAUCCACCUUCUGGAUAUAUAAUUGAGAGACAAGAGGUUGGAUCACAGGAAUGGCUGCAAUGUUUGACCACUGACUCUGCAACCUCAGUGGAAAUUCUUGGUGACAGUGUUCCAUGCGAGGCAGACUACAGAUUUCGGAUAUGCAGUGUCAAUAAAUAUGGAAGGAGCGGAAAUGUAGAGUUCCCUCGGGCAGUUCACCUUGUUCCAGUCGCCAGAAUUCAAGCACCUCUGCAAGAUGCUUUAGUGCCAGAAGGCCAAGAUGCCUGCUUUACCAUCGAGCUCUCUGCCUCAGUUAUAGGCACUUGGUUUCUCAAUGGAAACCAGCUUCAAGACGAUGAACGUUUCUCCAUAAGGCGUUCACGUACACACCAGUCCCUACGCAUUCAUGGAGUACGAGACACAGAAAAUGGGGCAGAGAUCACCUUCAUUGCCUAUGGAAUUCGGGAUUCUGCUGCUCUGUAUAUACAAGCUCCAUUGGUAAAAUUCACUCCACUAUCUGAAAUGGAUCGAAACAAAUUUGUGGAAGUUGGUAACCCUAUAGUGCUCUACUGUGAGCUGUCAGACCCUGAGGCCCCAGUCCGUUGGUAUAAGAAUGGUGUUGAACUUCAUUCAAUGGAAGGUCUUCACAUCCAAUCAGUAGGAACAAUGAGGAGGAUUGUCAUCCAAUCAGCGGAUUUCUCCCACUCAGGAGUUUAUAGCUGCGAUGCAAUUGAUGAUGUCAUCAGGUUUAAUGUGGAGGUUGAGGCACCUCCUGUAACAUUUGCCUAUAUCCCAGAGGAUAAUCUGCACAGAAAUAUUGUGGAACAAGACGAUCUUCUUCUUUGUUGUGAGGUAUCCAGGUCAGAUGCGACUGCACAAUGGUAUAAGGACGGAGUAGAAAUAAAGUCUAGUGACAAUGUCCUUAUAGAGGCAGAAAACACUAUACGAAGGCUAAUCAUCCUGUCCGCUCAGCUCUCAGAUUCUGGGACAUAUACCUGUCGUGCUGGAGAUAGUGCCUUAAUAUUUAAAGUUAAUGUAAGAGAACCUCCAGUGAUGAUUGUAUAUCCCAAGGAGGAUGUCCAUCUUGAUCGUCUUGUUCCUGAGGAAAUUGUCCUUAGCUGUGAACUGUCACGGCCAAAUGGAAAGGUAACGUGGUACAAGGAUGGACAGAAACUUCAGGAGAGCGAAAACAUAAAGCUAAAGAUGGAAGGUCCGUACAGACGGCUAAACAUUCUGCGCAGUGGUGUUGAGGACUCCGGAGAAUAUGUCUGUGACACAGCUGAUGACUCAAUAUUCUUCAAUCUGAACAUAAAAGAACCGCAGGUAUGCAUAGUUUCUCCAAGCCAGUCCCAAAUGGAACUUUGCCAGCAGACAUCAGAGAGGAUGGUGCUGAGCUGUGAAAUCUCCAGACCCAAUGCCAAUGUGCGUUGGUAUCGAGAUGGACUUGAGGUGGAGGAAAGUGACAGCCUAAUCCUUGAGGUUGAUGGUGUCUACAGGAGACUUAUUAUCCCAAAACCUACAGUUACAGACUCUGCAGAAUAUGUUUGUGACACCGCUGAUGACUCUGUGACCUUCUUCGUAAAUAUUGCAGAGCCACCAGUUAGAUUUAUACGGCCAAGGAAAAUGGCCUGUGGAGUAGAAAAACUGGUUGGAGACAUUGUGGUGCUUGAAUGUGAAGUGUGUCGAUCAAACGCUGAAGUUAGCUGGAAGAAGGAUGGAGAAGAGAUUGAGGAGAACAGCAACAUAACUAUCACAGAGGAUGGAACAAGUCGACAGUUAACAAUUCAUUCAGCAGAUUUUGAGGAUGCAGGGCAAUAUGUUUGUGAUGCCAGAGAUGAUGUAAUGGAUUUCCUAGUGAAAAUCAAAGAUCCACCUCUGAGAAUACUACGAAAGGCUGAUUUAGAGACAAAAAGGCAUUUUGUGGUACCUGAUGCCAUUGUGUUAAAGUGUGAGAUCUCAAGAGCAAAUGGGGUGGUCAGCUGGCUUAAAGACAAUGAGAAGAUUGAAGGAAAUGAUCAUUUCAUCUGUGAAGAGGAAGGCACAUUCAGAUCUCUGAUUGUCCUGAGUGCCGAGUUGAGGGACUCAGGGGAGUACAUUUGUGAUACACAGGAUGAUAAUGUUGUCUUCAGUGUUACUGUAGAAGAGGCUCCAGUGUCCAUUGUUGGGAAUAUAGAAAAUCCAGAACAUCACACUUUAAUCUCAGGAAAUGAUCUUAUCCUGGAGUGUGAGGUAUCUCGAGCAAAUGCUGUAGUUCAGUGGUUCUACAAUGGAAGUUUAAUACAGGAGGAUGCGCGCACAUGCAUUGAAAGCAGAGACACAAUGAGGAAGCUUGUAAUAUCAGGACUUCAAGCAUCUGACUCUGGUGAAUAUCUCUGUGAUGCUAUCGAUGACAAAAUGACAACUAUGGUAACAGUUGAAGAACCACCAUUCAAAUUCAUCAAAAAAGAAGAUCGAACGAACAUUUCAGCCUAUGAAGAAGACAGUGUAACACUAUGUGCCACUGUUAACAGGGUCAGUGCCCCUGUGCAAUGGCAGAGAGGUCACAGUCCAAUCAGAGGUGAUCGUUUCCACACAACAAGCAAUGGAAACAUCCAUUACCUCACCAUUAACCCACUUAAAAGAUGUGAUGUUGGAGAGUACACAUGUAAUGUGGGAUCUGAUGAGAUGCACUUCAGUGUCCAUGUUAAAGCCAUGAAAGUGAAAUUCUCCAAACCACUGGAAAAUGUGGUGGAACUCAAAGGUAAUGAUGUGGUUUUGAAGUGUGAACUGUACAAGUCCAAAGGAGAUGUUCAGUGGCUAAAGGACAACCGGGAGAUUGCACCAAACAGACAUUUUACAAUCAGGGCUGAGGGUCGAGUGAGAAGCCUGACAAUACAUAAUGUAACAGAAGACGAUACUGGAGAAUAUGCUUGUGAAUCCAAAGACGAAAGAACAUCAGCUGCAGUAGUAGUCAACAUUCCUCGCAUUGUGGAGUUUAUUGCGGAGCUACACAACAUAACUGUCAUGGAAGGAGAAGACGCCACAUUUAAGUGUGUGGUGUCUCCAGAGGAUGCGAAGUUGGCCUGGUUUAGGAAUGGCGAGCCAAUUUCAUCAAAUGAGAAGUUCAACAUCUCAAGUCAUGGAUUAUGCCAUGUGCUGCAUAUCAACAACUGCCAAGUCUCAGACAGCUGCAAGUUAACAGCUGAAGCUGAAGGUGUGCUUUCCAAAGCCAUCCUUCAGGUCCAAGAGACACAAGUGCUUUUUACAAAGAGCAUGAAGCCAGUGGUGGCAGAAGAGUUUGGAGAGGCAACACUUGAGGUGGAGGUCAACCUCGAGACUGGGGAGGUGCAGUGGAUGAGACAAGGAGUGGUUAUACAUCCAGGGCCCAAGUUCACCUUGAAACAGAAUGGCCAGGAACGCUCCCUCACAAUCCACAAGCUCGCCCUUACCGACCGGGGCACCUACAGCUGUGAAACACUCCACGACCGCACGCAAGCCAAGCUUAGUGUGGAACCACGAAAAAUCAAGAUCCGGAAGGGUCUAACUGAGACCCAGACUUAUGAACGAGAGACAGCUUCUUUUGAGGUGGAGCUGUCACACAGCAAUGUUGAAGCAGUGUGGCAGAAGGAUGGACACUCACUCAAAAACAACAACCACUUCCGCAUGACUGCAAAGGGACGGGUACACAGCCUUACCAUCUCCAACCUGAACUUAGAUGACACCGGCACCUACACGUUCUCUGUUGAGAAUGUCAAGUCAUCAGCAAGAUUGAUUGUUAAAGAAAUACCAGUAUCAAUCCUGAAAAAGCUUGAGGAUGUCAGCCAACCAGAGGGUUCUGCGGUAACACUUGAAUGUGAGCUGUCUCGACACAAUGUAGACAUAAAGUGGACAAAGAAUGGAGUUCAGCUUAAGCCAGGAAAAAAUCAUCGUAUAUACUCUAUGGGAAGGAAGUGCUUUCUACAGAUCCUAAAGUGUGAGCUGGGAGAUUCUGGCUUGUAUGUGUGUGAUGCUGGGGAUGCCAAAACAUCCUGUUCAAUAGAGAUCUAUGAGAGGGAGCUUGAGAUUUUGCAAAGCUUGGAAGAUCUGGAUAUUCAAGAGGAUCAGAAUGCAGUGUUCAUGUGUGAAGUGUCCCUGGAUGAUGUUCCCAGAGAGUGGUUUAAGAACGGCGAGAAGAUAAAACCAACCAGCACCAUUAAGAUUCGUCAGGAAGGAUCUAAGCACUUCCUCCUCAUAUGCAAUGUAAAAGGAGAGGACUCUGGAGAGAUCAAGUUUGUUGCCAAGAAUGCUGAGUCUACAGCUUACCUUAAGGUUGAAGCACUCCCAGCGAACAUUGCAAAGCCACUUCAGGAUAAAACAGCUCUGGAAAAAACCCGCGUUGUACUGGACUGUGCGGUGACUAAUCCCCGUUGCAGUAUUCGUUGGUAUAAAGGCCCUAAUGUCAUCCUGCCCUCAGAGCACUUUGAGAUCUGCAGUGAGGGGUGCUAUCGAAAACUUGUCAUUCAGCAGGUGAAGUUAGAGGAUGAGGGCACCUAUAGUGUUCAAGUUGGGAACUACACAUCCUCAGCAAGACUUACUGUGGAAGCUCAGUCCAUCCUGAUUGUGAGAGAGCUGCAGGAUGUGGAUGUUACUGCCCCUGGGGAUGCAUGCUUUGCAUGUGAAGUCUCUUUACCUGUGGCCAAUGCUCUGACUUGGACCCUGAAUGGCGAGACACUGCAUCCUGGUCCUAAUGUCAUUAUAGAGAAAAUGGGAACUGUUCAUAGGUUGACUCUUAAACAGACAUCUGAGGACAUGUGUGGUACUGUGUGCUUUAUCUCAGGAAAAGUCAAAAGCACUGCACAUCUGUGUGUCAGAAGUAACCAUCAAUAAAAAAACUAAAAAAACUUGUAAGUACAUACAGUGAUCAAUACCGAACUACGCCACCAUUUCUAUACAAAAUGGAUCAAAUGAAAUGAUGACACCAUCAAGUCUCUUUUUCUUUUAAUGUGUCUGAAUAUGCUUGUCUGGGUUUUUCUUUUUCUUUUGGAACUGUCAAAGUCAACUUAUUCCCAUUCUAUAAGUUGACCAUCCAAUAUAGAAACAUUUCUUCAAUUCUGAUGUAAUCUAAAUCUUUUAUAAAAAAAAAAAAAAAUGCAAUAUGUAAAUUACACAAAAAUGAACAGCACCAACCCUGACAGCCAGACAUGUAAUUCAUCCAUUUUGUUACAACUUACAUUUCUUGCACAUUUAAUUUGGUAUUUAAAUUUGAAACUUGUGUACUAUAUCCUUGUAUAGAUUUUCUGUUUUUUAAUUGUUGUUUUGUGGGAUGCAGAUUAAAGUGGGGAGGUUUUUUGAGGUGAGUGCAUGUGAUAAAAUGUGCAGGGCCAAAGAUGAUCAAAGGAGGGUUUGAGCAGUUUCAGCAUAUGUAACUAACAAAUUGAAUGAAUGAAAAGAGUAUGGAAAAUGUGUAAUUUACAAAUAAAUUGAAAUGCUUUCAGGAGAAAUGUUUUAGUUGUUUGCUAAAUUCAACUAUUUAAAAAAAAUUACAAUCCUAUAGUGAUCAAUAUGAUCCCUUGUUUAUCAAUAUCUUUCAAUAAAAUAAGAUUUACAGAG